UGCCCCAGCUCCGCCCGAAAGCAAACGCUGCUAGAAAAGUAGCCAAAUCCUUAUCCUCCACUCGCUCGCUCUACACAUCGUACUCACCUACCUACCUACACCCACACUUUGGGAUUGAUUCCCGCACCUCGACACACUUUUUCCUUUUUCCCCGUGCCACCCGACUCUAACCUUCCUUCUUCCGCACCUUCCACCGCGUCUCUUGCCUGCCUGCAUGCUCAUACACUCUUAUCUUGUGCGCCGCCCAUGUCCCUGACUUUCUUGCUUGGCUCUAUAUAACCUCCGAACCUCCCAUCCAUUCUCAAUCCCCACCCCCAGGUGUACAACUCUUCCAUGACCCACCCUUUCGACCCAGAGCAACUGUUUCACGGCCACCCUUCGAGGUCGUCCACCCAUGUUCCUUAGCAACACCUCGACCCUGGCCAACCGUCAUCAGAACCCCACGCCCAGUGGCGAUGCACAACUUCCUCGUGGAGAAUGUAGCUUUCUUCUGCCACCCUCGGACCAUGCUCCUGCCCGCCAGCGUUGUUCAUGCCGUACCUUCUAUCCCACCGCUGUAGUCCGCUCGCAAUGCGGCUGUGGCCACCAGGCAUGGCACCACGAGGCACAGCCGCCUCAUCCCCCCUCGGCCCACGGUUAUACCCAGGUUCUGGACGAGAUGAAGCGACUGAAGGAGGAGCUCAAGCGUCACGAGAAUCUCGAGCACAACCUGAAGCAGGAGCUGUUCAAGGAACGAAUGGCAAGAGAAGAGUACUUUCGCGUCCACAAGGCUAUUGAAGCCCGCAUGUACCAGAACAUGCAGAUCAUGAAGGUGCAAAUGGACGACAAGGUCGAGGCGGUGGUGGACAAGACGCAGGAGUUCAACGACCAGAUCAUGACCAUGAGAGAGCGCUUGACUAUGGUGGACGAGGUGACCAUGGACCUGGAAAACAGAAUAGACAGGGUCGAACUUCAGGCCGGCUUUUCGCGUGAGGCGACGCCGCGCUCGUCAACGCCAAAGGCGUCUCUAUCCACAACCCCAAAACCACCUCCUGUCCCCCAGCUCCCCCUGCUCAUGCAGUCGCAACACAUGUUGGGCCAGCUCCCCAUUCGCACCGACAAAAAGUACCCCCUAUCAUGGAACGUGCGCGUCAUCUUUGUGCUCCGCAAGGCCCAAAGAUAUGCCUACGAUCCAGAUAGCAACGGCUACAGGCGAUGCGCAUCACGCAAACUACAACAAAACCUCGAUUUUCCCAGCCAAGAUAGCUCUUGCUUUGCAAACCGUAUCGAGAAUGCCUAUAAGGGUAUCCUGCGAGGUCGCCCAUGGAUGCCAAUGAGUGCCCAUCGCCCUGCCGAUGAACCGUUCGGACGUAUGGCGCUCACCCUUCUUCCCUCGGAUCUCAUCCACCGGGAUGUGUGGGACUAUCCAUUCCUCGAAGAUCACUGCAUCGCCCACGACAAGAUGCAAGGCGACGUGCUAUACGUCACGUUGCAGUACGAGGACACAACGUGGAAUGAGGUCCGCUUCCUGCCUGCUGUUCACGGCGCCGACGAAGCCUGCUGGGCGCACGACGAAGAGCUCGACGGCCACGCCAAGUACAAGAGCUUGGACACAGAGAUCAUGUACGAUUUGCAGGACCCUCCACCCACAUACUCAUCACGAACUCACUCCACGGCGGAUAGGACACCCUCGAAACUGGAUGUCCUUGCCGAUUCCGCUUCCAUGCUGAGCCCCAUUGAGCGCGUCCACACCCAAUCCAGCCGCUUCUCGUCGGAGCAGAGCAGCAUCCGCAGCAGCCUUCGCAGUUUCGAGCUCGAAGACACGGACGACGAGCACCGCGAUAAGAAGCCGAAGCUGAGAGGAAAGCAGUCGAUGCCUGCCAUCAUGAAUCAUGGUGCCGCCCACGCCCCGCAUGCACCCAUGUACGUCUCUGGCCGCUCCAAGCGCAAGAUGCCCGUUCGCGAAAAGGGUGCAAAGGAGCCGCUCCACUUCAGCGUGUCCAACGUUGCCAAGUGGCGCCCUGCGCUUCUUCACCCCCACUCCUCAAAGGGCAAGGAGCCAGCUCAAGAGUCGCAUUGA